AUGAAGUUCACCGCCAUCCUCGCAACCCUCGGCUCUCUCGCCACCGCCAACGCGGCCACCGUGAGCGUUUCGUACGAUACCGUCUACGACAACAAGUCCGGUGCCCUCACCUCAGUCGCCUGCUCCGACGGCUCCAAUGGCCUCAUCACCAAGUACAACUACAACACGUUCGGCCAAAUCCCACACUUUCCCAACAUCGGUGGCUCGUCCAAAAUCCCUUCAUGGAAUGCGGCGACCUGCGGCCAGUGCUACGCGCUCACGUAUAAGGGCAAGACGAUCAAUGUGCUGGCCAUCGACACCGCGCCGAGUGGGAUGAACAUCGCCCACGGUGCCAUGGACAAGUUGACGGGUGGGCAGGCUACGCAGCUGGGACGGGUGACUGCAACCAUCAAGAAAGUGGGCGUUUCCAAGUGCGGGUUAACGCCGAAGAGGGAUCUAAGGGAGAUUGAGUUCACUGCUUAA